GGGAACGCAGGAAUUGCCUGCGAGUGCGAGGACGCGCGCUGGCCGCCAUGACCAGCAUGCCAUUUUCUUUACCAAUAAAAAUCAAACCGGGCCGAGGAGAAAAGUGACGGGGGAAAGCAACGGAGCAGGAAGGGACGCAGGCUGAGACCACACCACCACUAGCACCACCGCCUUACGGGGCGAGCACACAGGAUGGCAGACGGGUCGGACGGCACCGACGUGUCGCCGGAGCCAGAGGCGGCGGUGCGGGGCGGGGAGAUCUGGGGGACGCUGGAGGAGCUCCUCCUGGCGUGCGCCGUGACCCGGCACGGCACGGCGAGCUGGGACUCGGUGGCCAUGGAGGUGCAGACGCGGAGCCCCCUCGCGGCCCGGCCCGGCCUCACGCCGAACAGCUGCCGCCUCCGCUUCCGCCACCUCCACCGCCGCUUCUCCACCGUCGGCAGCGGCGGGGAGGGGGAGGAGGAGGAGGACCCCGACGCCUCCGCCGCCGAGGGGUGGGUGGACGAGCUCCGGCGGCUGCGCGUCGCCGAGCUCCGGCGCGACGUCGAGCGAUGCGAUCUCUCAAUCGGGACGCUGCAGUCGAAAGUGAAACGGCUCAGAGAGGAGAGGGAGCGGAGCGUCUCUGGCGAGGCCAAGCCGGACGAGGUUAGCGGGAACAACCUGCUCUCCGGCGAGGAGCCCGGACGGUCGUGCCGGGAGUCCAACUCCACAGAUCUGAAGCCCCCCAAGCACCUCGGCCACCAGGGCGGCGUCAAGGAGGAGGAGGUGGCGAAGCAGGAGGCGUCCGGCGAGUCAGCGGCCGCGUCCAAGGAGAGCAGCGACGUGCGGAGCUCGGCGAGCCUGUGCCUCCGGCGGUGGAAGGCAGGUGCCACCGACGAGGAGGCGGCGUCGGCGCGCCGCCUCCCCGCUCAAUCGCAGCCGUUGGCCGCCCUGCUCGACGCGGUCACGGCCAAGCUCGGUUCCGUGCUGCAGCGGCUACACGAACACGAAAGCGAGGAGGGCGCCGCGUAUCGAGGCACGAUCAGGCGCCACGUGGACCUGGAGCUCGUGCGGGGCAAGCUGGACGCGUCGACCGGUUCGCGCGCCCACGACGACUACUGCUACCCCGCGCACGAGUUCUACCGCGACCUGCUCCUCCUCUGCACCAACGCCGUCGUCUUCUUCCCGCGCUCCGUCCCGGAGCACGCCGCGGCAGUCGAGGCCCGCGCGCUCGUCACCGAGCACGCUGCGGCGUUGCUCCGUGAGCCGAAGCAAGAACAUGUUGCUGUGCCGGCGGCCGCGGUGGGGCCGGCGCCGGCGGGCGCUGACAUCGUCGGGUCGCUAAUCGAGAAGGGGAAGCCGCUGAUUGUUUGCCGCAAGCGAAGCUCCAUCACUAAGGCCGCGGCGGCCGUCAGGAAGGAGGAGAGCGCUGAAAAGGGUGACGCUGAGGGUGAAGAGGAGAGCGAGGGGGAGAAGAAGGCCGUGGCGACAGCGACCAAGGACAAGGCUUGGGGGUUGAGGACGAAGAAGAGCCGGGGCGCCGCCAAGAACUCGAUGGCUCUAAGCCUGAAUCCGGCAAAGGAGGCGGAUGACGCGGCAGCGACGGAAGGAGCAAGGAAGGCUGACAAGAAAGGCGGCGUCGCCGCGGCCGCAGGCGGCCUCGCGAAGAAGCGCAACGCCGUGGACUUCCUGAAACGGCUGAACCAGGGCUCGUCGCCCUCAAAGAAGAGGGGGUCGCCGCUGGGGACUACUCGGAAGCGGUCGGCAGCGGCGGCGGAGCAGCAGAAGACCCGGAAGAGAGGAUCUGGCCGGAAGGAGAGCGCCGGCCGCGCUGGCUCCAAGAGGGGCGGUAAGGCUGGCGCGACGAAGAGAAGCGUGGGGCGGCCGUUGAAACGAGGCCCUGAGCCGGCAACGCCGCCGCCGUCCAAGAGGGCGAAGACGAACAGGUCGGAGAAGCCACCGCCGGCGUCCAAGCGUGGAGGGAGAAGGUAGGAAUGACGAUGGUAGAUGCAGAGUAGUCGGUACUUGGUAGCAGCUAGCAAGUGAAGUUGCAGUUUCAGCUGUGUGUACAUCACCUGCGUUUGCAGGUUAAUUGCAGCUUUUGGAGAGUUUUAGUGCGACUAGUAGCAUGCUGUAAUGGUUGCAUGAAUCAAUGAUGUUUUUGGUUCUCA